UCUAACUCCAUUUCAGAAGAAGAAAUCAGCUGCUGCAGGAUAAGUAAAACCCCGAGAUUUACAUUAAAUAAUGGUUUGGUGUGAGGAGUUAUCAUUUACACAGAGGAUCUGCUGAAUUACUAAUAUGAGAUAUCAUUGAUGUCACGAUCUUGGCCUGAUGCAACGCUGUGAUUGGAGGAAGCCGGAUUUGUCAUUUUGGACCUGCAAAGACAGCUUGUGACGGGCAGAGGAAGUGCUGGAGCGGCUGCCAGGAUUAAAAGCAGAAACCCUUUGAUGACUUCUGAUACUGAAAACCCCAUUCAACAACGGAGAAGAAAACUACAGUAACUGAAAAAGAAAGAAAAUAUGUUAGCGGAGCACGGUGGAGUUAUUUUGCUGCUGUUACUUCAUCACACGUAUGCACUUCUGGAACUGACUGUUCCACCAUCUACAAAUGCUUUUGUUGGCUCCAGUAUUGUUCUGCCUUGUACUUUCCGUGUGGAUAAACCAUCUAUAAAUCCCAAGUACCUUGCCAUUUUCUGGCACUUUGGGGAAACAGAGCUGCUUAAAUAUGACAACAAAGGGACAGUUCUGUCAACAUCAAGGGUGACUAUAGAUGACCAGGCCAUAUUACAAGGCAAUGCCUCUCUGACUAUUCCUGGUGUAACUGUAUCUGAUGAAGGAACCUACAAGUGUUUAGUUAUUUACAGCCCCGACAGACAAGAAAAGCGAAUAAGGUUGAAUAUUAAAGCUUCACCAACAGUGAAAAUGAGCAGAAAAAUAUUAAUGGAUUCUAAGCAAACUGUGCUCCAGUGUUUAGUCACUGGCUACUAUCCACCUGAUGUUAUGGUGACUUGGCUUAAGAAUGGGAAAACACUAACUAAUUCAGCUCUGAGCACACCACAGCGGAAUGCAGACGGAACCUUUCGAGUAAAUAGCACAAUGAGCUUUACACCCGCUGAGGUCACGGAUCAAUUGGACAUUGUGUGUCAAGUGCAACAUGAUUCCCUUCAGAAUCCAAUUCAAGAUGGCAUAAAAAUGGAUGGAACUUUUCCUUCAGUGCAGAUUUUCUCCUCACCAGUUCAGAAGGACUCAGAACAAUUAUUCAUGUGUGAAGUGAGGGGACUUGACCCUACAUUUGUCAAAGUGAACUGGUUGCAGAAUGGGAGGGAUAUAGAGAUGAAGAACAUUAGUGCAAGCUCUGCUCUAUAUUACUCACUAAGACCAACUCUAAACAGAGACCUCGAUACUAAUAUCUCCUGUGUGGUACAAGAUGAGUCGCUGUCUGAUCAUAUCUCUAAUACAAUACAACUGAAAGGUGAUGGUAUCAGACAAACAAUCAGAUCGAAGGAAGUUGCAGCUGUUCUCCUGACCAUGGCAUUCACAGCGGCUGCAGUUGGCUUUGUAUUGUGGUUUUUGAUCACCAAAAGUAAAUAUUUCCAGAGGUUUAGAGUAAGUCCCCUCUAUGAACCUUCUUUGUGGAAUGAUGACAAUACAAUCACAUUAUACUGUACAGCAUUUGACUGUGUAAAGGACGUCCAGGUGAUAUGGACGGUGACUGAGAGUGAUGGAAAUAAAGUUAUAUUGCGUGACAGUCAGACCAAGAGUGAUGAAGAGAAUGCCGGGCUCAUCAGCAGUGACUACACUGUGAGAUCAGACAGAUCAGAGGCACAAGGACUGCACAAUGUUAUCACCACCUUGUCAUUCACACCCAAUGUAUCAAAGCACAAGGACACCAACGUUACCUGCAAGUUUAUAUGUGAUGGGAGAUCCAAGGAAAAGAGUUUUAAAUGUCAAUACAAACUGGAAAAGCCGGAGAUAUUGGGGCCCAUAAAAUUAACCCUCUGUGCUCCAGGAGAGGUGCUGUGCUCUGUGAAUCUGAGCAAGUUUUACCCUAAAGACAUCCAGAUUAGGUGGAGCUGUGGAGUCGGACAUUACAAGGAACUUAACACUAGUAAAGAUACAAUUACAGAUAAUAAAAACCAGACCUUUAAUGUAAAAAGUGAAUGUAAAAUCCCGGAGCAUCUUUUUAAUGAACCAGGAUUCAGAGUGCAGGUGACCUGGGAACAUGAAUCCAUGGAUAAGCCUGAGAAGAGGGAGCUGUCUGCAAGAGACACAGACUUUUCUUGGCACCCAAAAAUGGCAGAAAUAACAAAACCACUUCAUUUCCUAAAUGGUAAUGAGGCUAAGUUUCAGUGUAAAAUCUCUGGGUAUUUCCCUAAUGCUCUGGAUGUGAAAUGGUUAAAAAGGGAAGUUGGAAACCAGGAAUUAUUCGCUGUAUCUCAUGGUGACCAAUACAAGAUCCCUGAGCUGGAAGUGACCAGAGCAGCAGAUAGCACGUUCACCUGCACAGCCAGUCUGAUUAUUGUUGCUGUGUCAGCACAGACUGAGCAGGGAAAGGAAUUUAUCUGCAGGGUGGGACAUCCCAGUCUAGAGAAACCCCUGGAGAGAAGCACAGGACCUCUUAUUAUAGAAGGGGUUAGGAGCAUUUCAGGUGCUGAGAGAACCUCAGCCAUCACAUUAGAUAUAAACAGCUACAUCCCAGAAGACACUGUGAUAAAGUGGAGCCGAGCUGAGUCUAAACCUGAGAAAUAUAAGGAGAUCUCUGACUCUCACAUACAACAAGAUUCUCACCCUAACAGUGACGGCAGCUACACAAUAAGUCAUGUAUGUAAGGUCAUGAGAUUAACAGAUCUAGUGAACCCAAGUGACAUUUACGUUAAAGCUGUGGUGGAGCACAAGAUACUAAAGUGUACAACGGAGCUGAACGUCUUACGCAGAGAAGGAAAAUUUUACCUAUUGUCAGAAGGUAAAGAGAAAAUACUUCUAACAGACAAACCUCAUAUGGUUAAUAAAGCUGUCACCCAGAGUGCUGCACCAUAGAGCAGUAGUGAAGUCACUGCACACUCAGUUACAUCAACAGGAGCAGACUUCCUUCAAGCAGCAGAAAAUAAUUAUCUGGAACCCGGAGAACAAACAAAAAUAAAACACAAGAAGAGGAAAAUCCUCUGAAGAUAAAUACAAAAGGCAGAACAUGGUUCCUGAUUAACAUCAUUAUAAUAUUGCCAUUGGACACAAUUUAUUACAGAACUGGUUUCAUGAAGUUAGAUUUAUAUAAACACAGGACAUUGCAACCUUAUUAACCUCAGUCCUGUAAUUUCAGAUAAACUAUGGGUUUAUUGGAGGUUCGGAGUGCGUUAAGGAAACAGAAGGUACACGCAUGUGAAUUAAAGUUACCAGGAUAGUAAAUAUGGUUGGGAACAAGUGCUGCAGAUUUUAAUGUUUAACUCAUUAAAUGUCAGAUAUAUUAAGAUUUGUGUAAUUCAGCCCAAUAUGCUCCCAAGAUAUUGACCCUGGACUGAAGGUGCUAUUGUUGUUUUAACAAUAAUUUAUCUACACUUCUAAAUCAACAGAGUUGGAAUCACAAUUGUUUGAUGUGUAGAAAAUGUUUGGGUUCUUGAAGUAAAAUAUUGUGAUAAUCAUUGUUCCCCUUAAAAAUAUGUGCAGUAAGCAUGAGCAUAUAAAGGUCAUGUUAUGUAUAAAUUAUAAAUUUUAUUACUACUGUUUAUA